GCAAAUCUAGGUGUUUUAAUGAAGAACAAGGGCUGACAGUCUUUUGAAGAGUGCCUCGAAUCAGGAAAGUUUGAAAACCACUCGUCUAUUGAUUUACCAUCGAAACUGGUAAAAAGUUGUUUCUUCAACAUGAAGGCUGUGAUCAAAAUGUUUCUUCUGAUUUUACUUUUACAAACUACAAACAGCCGUGUCAAUGGAAACUCGAACGAACCCUCCUGUACUGAGGACAGAGGCAAGAAGACUUUUCAAAUAAUCUUUUCCUCGGUUGAAGAUCUGGAAAAAAAAUUAAGAAACGAUCCUGACCUACAACGCUACUUGGAAGAGAAACUAUCGACAAAUGCAGAAGAAUAUGAAAUAACAACAGUUCUUCAAUCUAUCGAUCCUCAACUAAGUGAGACAUCAGCUACUUAUCCACAGAUGUGGACCACUCAUGCUGAAAUGACAACAGAAAAACCAACUACUGACGACCUUAAGACAUGGAAUAAAUCAAGCAACAAAUAUUAUUACAAACUAUUUGGCGACCCAGUCAACUACGCGACUGCUAAAGCAAAUUGUCGAAAGUUAGGAGCCGAUCUUGCAUCAGUGGGAGUAAGGAAUACUACCGUCCGCAGCGAAAUACUCCAAAUGGUGAAAUCAGGAGGAAAACAUACUUGGGUUGGUCUGGAUGACAUUGAACACGAAGGAAAAUAUGUUUGGGCUGAUGGCGUAGAUUCAACAAAAGAUAAUACCGAUUGGGAUGGUCGCCAACCGGACAACUAUUUCAACGAAGAUUGUGUAGAGUUCAAUCCUUACAUGAAUUGGAAGUUAAAUGACGCUACAUGCUCAUUGAGCAAAUAUUAUAUUUGCGAAAAAUCUUAA